AUGGAGGUACUGGGUGAAGAUUCAAGAGAGCUCUUUAACAAUCCGCAAAUUAACUUCGGGAGUACGUAUUCUGGUGUACAGGACUUGUUCUCUAAUUCACCAAUUAUUCAUCCUGACUAUUGGAAGGAGAAGCCCCGAAAACUGCCAAAACCUGAUGAUGGACGGGAAUCAUUGGCCAAGCUUGGAUAUCAUGGAAAGCAAAAAUAUAAAUACGCCUUUCACGAACCUUGGAAACCUCUCGAUAGACUUACAUUAUUAGCUCGGGCUGAAAAAGAAGACCUUGGGAAAGUAAACAUGGAAAAUGAUGAUGAUACUGAAAAGCAAUUCACAUACCUAAACGGGCUC